AAUGUAUUAGAAUUGAUUAACUUUGUAAGUAUGAUUCUCCUUUAGGAGACCAAAACACUUUCUCAAAAUACCAUUUUUAAGAUUUAGCACCUUUCAACUUGGUCUGAAAAAGACCAUGCAUGAUGUACAGAGCCCGCCACUUCCUCAAGCAAGCACUUCAUUGAAGUCCAUGUUGUUUUUUCAGUCAAUCCCUAGUUUAUUCAGUCUCGCUUCAAACAAAGAUUUGAUAAGUUCUUGCCAGAGGUCCAAUAUAAAAUUUCUUUUUUUUUUACAACUUUUUAUCUUUCUAAUGUUACCUUGACCUUGUCUUUUGGAAUGCAAAAAACUAGGAAUAUUCACACACUAGUACUGAUAUAGACUGAUGUGAUAAUUCACAUGCGUAACAGGGAAUUUGAAGGUGUUUCAAUAAUACUACUUUCAUUUCAAUCAAAAGAUCAGUAUGCCAAUCCAAGAAGUAUAAUGUUCAUAAUAAUUCAUGAAGAAUGAAAAAUAGCAACACAGAACUCCAAAUGGGGUUCAAAUGCACCUCAAUGCUUAUUUUUAGUUAGUACACGUAAAACCCCUUAAAAUGACUGCAAUUAUUAAUUCAUCAUGAAACAUAUUCAAGAAAAAAGUGACAUUGGGUACACAAACAGUCCACUCGGUAUGUGGGGGUCAACUGCCUCCUACGUUUGUUGAGUGCAGUUAUAAGCAAUAGAUUUAUUCUUUGCCCCUUCCAACUACAUGGAGUUAAUUUUUGUUUUUUUGAUUUAAUAAUAAUCCAAUGAAAUAUUGUUAUUAAUAGCCAGUGCAUCAAGAAAGAUGAGCUAAAUAUGUUAGAUGAAAAAAUAAAAUACAUAAAGCUUUGCAAACUUUGUUGGAAGAAUCUGUGUAACUAAAUGACCAGCAUAAUAUUAAAGAACCAAUAUAAAGCACAUACUGGAGAUUUAAUCCAUAUUUUUCAGUAACAAAUGCUAGAAUUGAAAUUAUAAGUCAUAUUCCAAGAUAAGCAUCUUUAAAAGCAAAAUUAAAUGUAAUUUGAGUGAAAUAAAUUCUUCUAAUCUCUCUCUGAUGUUACCUAAAUUUUCAAUACAAAUUGAAAAUCGUAUCGUCUAGUAAUUAGUGUUGAAAAUUACUUAAUAAAUCAUAUUUACAAGUGUACAAAGCUGAAGAAGUUGAAGAAAAUGUAGAAAAGUGAGAAAACAAAAUACAAAUAUCCAAAACAAGUUAUUAGAAUGAAAAAUAUGGGUAUUGUUAAACUACUUAAAAUUCUUUUGCUUUGGCCUUAACAUAUCAACAUGACUUGAAGUUUGUUUCUUUUAAUACAAUUUUUUUCCAAUGCAAAAAUGCAAAGUAAAUUCCCACAUAUUGUAGUUAAAUUGAUUCAAUUUAUCUUCUAUGAAGAUCAUGAUAAGCCAUCAAUAAGUUAAAGUCUAUGGCAACAAAUCUUAUUCUUCCUUUCAUCAACUGCAAUUAAAAAAAAUAACUUGAAAGUAAAUAAAGAGAAGAAACUUUACAAAAAACAUCACAAAAUUUAGAUUCCUUACUCAUGACCGGUUCCAAUGAACAUUUAGACAAAAGAUACUUAAUUAUUUUAUUCUGAUGACACAUGACAGUAUAUGCCAUAAAUGUCUAACCAGGAACAAAAGCUGCAAACAAUGAAUGUUGGUGUACUCAAAAAGAGUGAACAAUGUUUUGCUACUGCCUAAUCUAGUGAUCACAAGCAAUGAACUAUAAUUAAAUUAAAGCAGCUGUGUGGUGGGGAGUCACAUGUUUCUUCUCAAAUUUUCGUUUUUUGUUUUAUAAACAAGUGACUUGUCCCACAAACAACUGCUUCUAGUGAAUAAUCUGUAGUUAACAAAGCAAAAAUAGAGGAAAGAAUACAGUAAAUAUACAUAUGCUUUUUCGUAGAACUGAGCAGCAUGGCAGCACACCCACAUACCCUAAAAAUUAUACCCACUUAUGGUCCACUCCAGUAGUCAUCACUUUCUCAUAUCUGCAAUCAGACAACAUUCCAAACAACUAGAUAAAGCAACACUCACCGUCAGUGCAUAGAAGAAAUGUAACAUCUGACAAAUACCUGUUUAGCUUGUGUAGUUUCUACUCUUUCUGCACUGCAUAGAAGAGCAACAAACUCAAUGACUCAUGUCAUCUAGGACAAAAGUCCACAGAUGCAUUGGUAAGGACACUUCACCCGAGUCACGCAUUGAAAAAUCUGACAAAACACAUUUGAAUCAUUUGGCUAAAUGAAGAUCAAUGUCACACAUUGCCAAAAUGAAUAAUUUAAUGAAAUUAUUACUGUGGGUUAAAAUCACAAUAAAUGCACACAAUUUACAAACCAUCGAAACUUGCAGUAACCUUACAGUAACCAGAAAAUUCAUCCCUGGUUUGCAUUGAAAUAUAUCAGUUAAAUACUUCAAAUUACGGUCCACAAAAAUGAUAUCACUUACAUAAACAAUUUUUUGUUAUUAUGAGUUAUGAACAAGAUUAUACACAUAAGGUUUCAUAGUUAAAGUAGAGUCCAGUACAUCCUUACAGAAUAGUCAUCGGGAGGAUGGGGUGAAGGGGUAUUGGAGUAAAAGAGGGGAGGGAGUCAAGUGUCUCUGGAUAAAUUACAAAAUCAUAAAGCAUAUUCAAAAAUCGCAUAGCAAUUAAUAAAAAUUACAUAUUCCAAGCUCAUGACUGAGAUGCUUCCAAUAAACUCCCUUGGAAUGUCCAUACCAUACAUUUCAAAUCAAUUUAUAUUUCCUUUGCCUCACACGAAAUUUAACCUCACAUUUUUAUUCAGAAUUACUUUUACAACCAAACUAAUGCUUCAUUAUGACUGCCCAGAAAGAGGCUCCAGCCUUUGUCUUUUGUUAUUUACACAAAACCUACUUGUGUGAGUGCAGUGCAAUAUUGCAUUUUAUACAAAAAGUUUUUUCGGUAAAACUUGUUUCAUAAAUCUGGUGGAUGGUGAAUGUGGUCAGGAAAGCAAUCAUAUUUUUAUUUCAGCCAAGUAUAUUUACGUUCAUAUUACUGUCUUGUCACGUUUCACUAAAUAAAAACCAUUUAAGAAUACUGUGAUGCUACACCAAGAAAAUGACAGAUACAAUACUACCUUCCACAACCAACAUUUCCUCAACAUGUACUGGACUCUUCCAAUCAACAUUUUUCAUUGAUUAUAUAAUAAUAUGCCUGUCAGAGAUGAACAUACUCACUAAUCGUGCACUCUAUACACAAGUUCCAAUUGUUUUGGUACAUUCUAAUCACUACAACUUGUGUCCAUUAGACAUCAAUGCAGGACUUCAAAUAUUCAAUAGUUUUAAAAUAAUGAACAAAUUCAAAAUUUGCUAUGGUCUGAUAAUGAAAGUAAAUUAAUAAGAAUAUUAUUAAAGUUCAUAAAAAAACAAAAAGGUGAUAGGAAUCUUACAAGGAAUUUCCAAGCAAUUUUCCUGCAUUAGAACACAGGUGCACAAAUAGAAUCCUUCAUUUAGCCAAAUGAAAUUUUAUAACCAAGCAAACAACCAUCAUUUGAAGAAACAGCAUUUGAACUCCCCACAUCUAGUUUAAGACUUCAAGUCUUUAUAUUCUUCAGUUAUGAUCAAGCUCUGAUUAUAAUUUAGAAAUUACUGUGCAAUGUAAUUCUUAAUUUUUUAAUGCUACCAGUAAAUAUCUCUCCCAAAUACAUUCUCCAUUAUUCUUACCUGAAUUGAAAAUAAACUAAAUUUCAAGCAAUUAUCAAAAUCCAUCAGAGUUCAAGUAUUUUGCCAGUUGACUCAAACAAUUGAAAGCCUCUAACCUAAUAACAUUCCAUAACUAAUGUACAUUAUCUUGCAAUAAUGAAGCCCAAAAGAAACUUACAAUAGUUGCUCAAUAAUAUCUGUCAUUUUGAAAUGGAGUAAAAACAUCAAUCAAAAUAUAAAUAUUACUUUUUUAAUAACUUCAGCAAUGAAAUAAAUUAUCUGUCAAGGAUAAAAAAAAGUAAGCCUAAAUAUCAUCAGAUUACACCAGACAACAGAACUCUACCUCGAUACCAUUGGUAGCAUUUAAAAGAAAUGAGUUUUACAUACUCUUAUUACCAUUAUCUAACUUACUUUGUCAUUUCAUUCAGUUUCCAUAUUAAUUAAUUAACUAUGUUUGCUUUAAUUUGAAGCCUAAGUAUGUUACCUUCUACUGACCCAGGAAGAUCACAUUAAAUUUUGGUUUAAUUUCUUACAAUAUAAGCUUAAGAUCUUAUAUUUUCAAUGUACAUUUCAUGAAUCAGUUACAAAUCAAAGCUUGCAUGAAGAAUACAUCAAGACUUUAAACACACCUAACUAAACUUUAAAAGGAAUGGCAUAAUAUUGUACAUACUGCCCAUCUCCACUCCAAAUGGCCAAACAUUUCUCGCCAACCUUCCAAUCUUUCUUCACACUUUCAUCAACUGUUGGCUGUUCAACUGGGAGCAAUUUAGUUGAUAUUUCAUCACUGUCACUUGUACCUGGAGCUCUACCUGUCGACUUCAAUUCCAGUAGUUGAGUCUUGAUAAGAUCGCGAGUUAAUUCGAUAACUUCUUCUAAAUCUGUUUUGAGUUUCAUAAGCUCUUCAUUGUCUGGAUCUGUAGUCAAUGCAGCUUCAACCUGCUGCAAUUGCAACUUAUAAUUAUGAAGGUUUCCAUUCAAAUCGUCAGCCAUUUUUGGAAAGUAAUUUUCUUAUCGUAAGCAAUAAUUCGUGUUUCAAUUUGAUUAUAAUUAUUGAAAUUAUUUCAAAUUGUAUUAAUUUAAUGCCAAUUCUGAGCACAAUUAGUAAACAGAACACACAACCACUAAAACAUCAUCAACCGCCAUGUUUGUUCCGUCCACUUGGGCUGGUUACGGCUGGUCCUGGGCUGGUCAUCGCCAGUUGUCACCCGACUUGUAUUUUCCUUUGCCCUCGAUGUUGUUCUUUCUUCUAAGUACUGCCAACUAUGUAUUGCUUACAGAUUGCAAACGUAUUCGGAAAUGUAAGAAAGAAUUGCUGUCAAUGUCGUAUCAGAAUCUUAGUUAUGGAGGAUAUCCGGGAGGCGCAGGAUCCGGAUAUCCUGGAGGACAGCAGAUGUCUGGGUACCCUGGUGGACAGCCCGGUUCUGGGUACCCUGGUGGUCAACCAGGAGUAGGGUACCCGGGUGGUCAACCAACUUCCGGAUACCCAGGAGGACAAUCUUAUGGAGGUGGUCAGCCCCAACAAAUGGGGUAUGGAGGCGGUGCGCCACCUGGAGUCAGCCCAGAGGUUCAACAGUGGUUUGCUGCAGUGGACAGGGACAGAUCUGGUCGAAUAUGUGCCUCAGAGCUGCAAGCUGCACUUGUUAAUGGACAUGGCAAAAAUUUCAGUGAAACUGCGUGUCGAUUGAUGAUUGGAAUGUUUGACCAUGAUAAAAGUGGAACUAUUGAUGUGCAAGAGUUUCAGAUGUUAUACAAUUACAUUAAUCAAUGGUUGGCCACAUUUCGCUCAUAUGACAAGGAUGGCUCAGGCAAUGUUGAGGAACAUGAACUCUCACAAGCUUUACAUCAAAUGGGUUUUCGAUUUUCACCUCAGUUUGUCAAAUUUUUAAUUGAGAAAAGCGAUACUCAAAACCAUAAGUAUAUGUCUGUGGAUCAAUUUAUUGUGACUUGUGUGCAGAUUCAGAGAUUCACUGAGGCUUUUAGGACCAGAGAUAAAGAAAUGAAAGGAAUAAUAUCAAUCAGCUUUGAAGAUUUUUUGGGUGUUGCUUUAAGUUGUAAUAUAUAAUUGUAAACAAGUUCUGGCCAUUUCAUCAUUGAAAAUGAAGAUGUUUUGUUAUUUUUUGUGAUGUUAAAAUCUAAAACUUGGAAAGAUGAAUGGGUUUCAUUAAUAAUUUAAGAUUAUUUUAAAAAGUUGCCUUGUCAAUUCUGUGAAUAUUACUUAUGUAAUGUUUUUAACUUUUUUCGAUUUCACAAAUGAAGUUUGUAAGUAGUGAUAUAUCACAAUAAAAUCACAAAGUGGGCAAGGGACACUAUUGACUCUUCUAUCACUUAGCCUGAAGCAUUUUGCAGUGCAAGUAUUGUUGUUUAUGAGGUAAUUUUUGAAUAUCUUGAGAAUUGUGUGUGAUGCAAGUUAUUUUUCAAUUACUAAAAAUGAACAAUGCAAACAUAGAGGUGCCAGAGAAGAUAUGUCUAAUGCAAACAUGGAAUGAUUUGCUUAUGUGAUUACUUCAUCAUUCCAAAAUGUGUUCCUACCAAACUAUUGCAAAACUAAUUAUGUAAUAGCUUUUAGCUUGCAAAAUUUUCAGAAUUUCUUUUGUGUAGCCAUCAGUAUCAAAGGAGAAAGAAAGCUGAUAUGCAGCUUCCCAGAAUAAGUGUCAAGUAUAUGAAAUGGCACAUUAGAUACAUUAAAGAUUCAAAGGGAACUAUUUUAAUCCACCAGAGAAUGUUUGAUAUUAUAAUUAAAUUACUUCUGUUUUUGUAUGUAAUUUUCAGGCUCUAAUCUCGCCAAUUCCAAUAUUAUUUUGAAUCUUAUAUGGUUUUGUUGGCUUUAUUAUAAGUAAAAUUGUGUAUCUUGGAUUAAUUUAAAGAGAAAUUUAAAUGUCUUAACAUUUGAUUAUAUUUACAGGAAGUAAACGAGACAGCCUAGUAACUGUUUAAAAUUGUGAAUAUCAUAAUAAAUUCUCUCGAAAAUAUUUUCUAAAGUGUUUGUGUGUGUAUAUGUAAGUAAAGUAAACUGUUAGAAUGAUUUUUGGAAGGGAAGUCUUGUCUUCUAAACCGGAAGCGACUUGGUUAAAAAAUAUUUUUUUAGAACCAUCAGGAAAGUGGCUAAUUCGAUAUUGUAAAAACAGUAUUUUUUACCUUCUAAGUAGUUUUAUUUCAUAUUUUCUCCCAUGAAGCUUUCCAGUAGAAAAUAAAGAUUCAUUAUUGUGAAUGAUAUUUUAUGGUAUUAUUAUAGCGGUCAUUUAGUAGAGCUUUAAAAACAUUGUGCACAAAUGUGAUGCUUGUACUAUUGUUAAAAUAACUUUUGUCCUUAGAGCAAAACAAUUUUCUUUAUGUAUUUGUUUUCUCUAAUACUCAGUUGUAUGUAUUUGUAAUAAACUU